UGCGUCAACUUUGCGAUUCUGUUUCGAUCAAUAAUGAAGAAACUGGUCAUAGACACUGAUGGAGUUUCCGACGAUAUGCGAGCAAUCUCUCUGGCAAUCCAACAUCCAGAUGUUGAGUUGAUUGCAAUAACUACAGUCCAUGGAUGCGUUCCUGUCGAGCAGGCGACCGCAAAUGUUGCGAGAUUACAAAGGGCGAAUGGUGUAGAUGAGCUGAUUCCGAUCUAUAAAGGAGCCGGGGAAGCUAUCAUACGCAAACCCUUCUUUCGCCAUCCUUUCUUUGGAGCUGAUGGCAUUGGCGACUCUCCAAGCGCUUUUCCCGAGGUCUUACCAUCAGAUUUCUCAGCCUAUGAGUCUGAAUGCGCUGCUUUGGCUUUGAUACGUCUUACAAAGGAGCACAAGGAUGUUACGAUUGUAGCUUUGGGACCGCUAACUAACAUAGCGCUAGCUUACAAAAUCGAUGCCAGCUUUGCGGAACGGAUACAUAAGCUUGUAAUUUUGGGCGGAAAUUAUUUCGGUGUCGGUAAUGUUGAUGAGCAUUCAUCGGCAGAAUUCAACUUCAAUGGUGACCCUGAAGCAGCAAAGAUCGUGCUUGAAGAAAUGGCCACUGACAUUACUUUGGUACCUUGGGAAAAUGUCUAUUUGAAAGGAGCCGAGCAUGAGGCAGUAGUAGACUUCGAUGCCCAUUUGAAGGUGAACAGUCCGUUGGCUUCGUUUCUAUCUGUAGCUACACAUAUAGGCCGUGAAGUAAUGAGCAAAUAUGGUCGUCAGUACGGUUAUUGUGACGAAGUGGCGGUCUCAGCAGCUAUUAAUGAAGAACUUGUUGUGAAAAAAGCACUGAAUCUCCGAAUUAGCGUUGAACUACAAGGGCAGAUGACAAGAGGGCAGGUGGUCGUGGACUGGACGGGAAUCCUGAUUGGUCUCAAUGGGGCUGUUACCCAAGCUCGAAUUGUGAAAGACAGUGACAAAACCCGGCGAAACAUCCAUGUUGUGGUCGAUAUCGAUGUCAAAGCUGUCGAUAAAUGGAUGCAUAACACUGUCCGCAAAGAAAGAGGGCAGUGGGUAACUUUGGCACAGAGGAGUCUGAGCGAUAGUUUGAAUGAAACGGAGAAUCCUAGCGAUACGCUGAUCAGCCGAGCUGUAGACGAACUCAGUCUACAAUGGCAACAAAAGGUCCCACCUCCCUCACAAAGCGCUCAUGCACAGGAAGAUUCGGUGAGGAGAGAAGAGCGAUUGUUCACAUACGUCGAAGGAGAUGAUCUACCUGCGCAUCUAAGGUUACCGGCUGUAUCGGAAUUCAAUCCUGAAACAGAAAGUUUUGCAAAGAAUGAUUAUGAUGCCUACGACAGCCGGGACGAAUACGUUGUGUGCAGGAUAACAAUGCUAAAUGAUCGUUCAAUGAUCAUUGAGCCACGCCUAUCACAUGUUGGCUACAGUAUCCAUAGUAAGAUGGGCGAAUACCUGGCUAUUGUGCAUAUUUGGGACGAUAAUUUCACGCCUAUUUACAGCCAACUAGAAACUUGGGUUCCACCAAUACCAGAAACGCAGUGUUUUGAAUUGCCAGAAGAGGAGAUGACGAGAUUUGUAACGUUGAUGAACAUAGAUUAUGCUACGAAUUUCGAUUACAAAACAAUUUGGAUAGAAUAUCGCGCAUACUUUCCGGAUAGGACUACAUGCACAUCUAACAACAUCGAGGGACAAACGUCUCAAUGUUCCAUGGAUGAGAAUGCCCAAUUUAACUUCUCCAUUCCGAUCGAAUUUGAUUUUGUGGCACCGAAGAUCGCUUCUUUCCAACUACGAUUCAAAGUGCGAUCAGAAGAUUUUUGGGGAAGGCAAUACGUAGCAGGUUAUGCUAGUCUCACUCCAUUGCUCGCUCCUGGAAGAACCGACUACCGUGUCGAAUUUUGGCGCCCGAUUAAAGCCGGUGACAAAAUUAGUGAGCUUCGAGAAUUUUACAUCGGACAAGCCGUCGACAUCGACUUUUUCAAUUGGAAUGAGGAAGGUGUCAUUUCACGUGCCGGACUGACUACACAAUCCUCUGGCACACUCCACAUAUCCAUAACGAAUAUUGUGCAACGGCGAGAUUACAUGACACGUGAGACAUUGAAUCAGAUGAAAUAUGGAGCAAUGUUUGGAAGAAUGGGGAUGAGAUCGGAUCUCUAUUGGCGGAUCAUGAAGGUUUUGAUGGAGUUCGAAGAAGCCAAACGUCAACUUUUGAAUGUGCGGGCAACUCGCUAA